GCCAGGCUGGAUUUGCAGGGCAAAGGUGACCCACUUCGGCUGCCUGAAAUGGUACUCAAGCUCGCGCGGAGCGACGCGCACGAGCAACGCAAGAAGAAUAUCGCUGAGCGUGACGAGGUCGCAAGGAAGGACAUAGCGAGACUGGCAGCACGGUUAGCAAAGUCUCCGGGUAAGCCUUUGCCUGAGAAGGCUUUGGCGAAAAGUAUUGCAGCUUUAGAAGACAUGCACAGGCGAGAGAGGAAGGAAGAGCGUACGGAAGAACAAGAAAAGUUAAGGCUCAAAAAUACAAUUCGAAUUCAUCUCUACAGGCCAUCCACUUCUCCCUAUUUACUCCUUUAUGGGAAUCUGUGGAGAAAUGUAGGCAAGAGUUGACUUUUUUUGGGCUCUAAAAAAGGGGGACCGCGAUGACAUCGCACGAACGUUCUGCACAAAGGCUUUGCCAAAGUUGGCACCAGGCGUCGAGGCCCGCGGCCCGUAUGAAAGAGGGAGCGUACGAGCAAUUGCAGCAGCAGGACGCGGAGAGGAUGCUGGAGCGGCCAGGGGUGGAGAAGAUCAGGACACAAGUAGCAGCGCCAUUCUGAUUCUUCGUUUCCGCGAGAUCUGCAAAGAGAUGUUUUCUGAUGCAGAGCAGAAGCCUGGAGCGGAUGCGCCGAACGUGGGUGAGGAGUUCUUUGCCUUGUUUGUUACGUGGUUUGCCGCGAAUAUCGCGAUCCCAAUCAUAACGUUCACCGACGCACCCAAUGUUGCGGCCGGUGGGUCUCUUUCCUUUGGCUUAGGCGACGGCGCUUUUGCUUACUGGCUCUAUGAGCUCCGCACUCUAGAAAUAGGCGGGGGAAGUGAUCGGGUUCUUGACGCUGCCGUUCUGUGGCGCGUGCAGGCGGCUAUGGCAAUGGAGCGGGCACUCUUGUUUCUAAAGGUGUCUGGUCUUGCUGGUUCCCACCUCGCAGCCCAAAAAGUGCGUCCCCCAGAAUAUAUCUUCAAGAAAGUUGAAGGUAAAGACGGAGCGUCGUGGGCGUGGUCGUUGCAGCAACAUUAUGCGGACUGGCAUCACCAUUCCCACUACUCUGCGACAGUCGAUGAGAUGUUCCCAAUACGGGUUGACACAUCGCGAUCGGAUGCUCGUCCUGCUGCUGAGGCCGAGUCCGAUGCUUACGGCUUGGUUGUCUCCCGAGUCAUACUGAUCAUGAAGGAGUCUGGCUCUGAACUGCCGUUGACCGUGCUCCACAAGUGGGUACCCGGAAAGUCCCCACAGGCUCUUGCGCUUGAGAAAGAGCACUGGAAUAAAAAUAUCCUGAAGUCCGAACAGGAAGCGCGCGUCUUUGAUACCGGAGGCCCCCUGCCUCUCAAAUAUCAAAUCCUUGACCGAGAGCACCUUCUCGGGGACGCAGGGGGAGGUGCGGAUAACGGCGUACACCUGUUAGUUCUGGGGAACAAACACGACUCGUGGGCAACAAGCCCUGCAGCGCUGUCGGGGCUGAGGAUGGCGCAGACGCGUUUGCAGAAGUCGAAAGUCAACGUUUAUUCUGUGGAGCAGCCUAAGUUUUUUAUCAUGCUUGCGCCGUUGAUUGCGAAGCGCGAGGUGGGAUCGAAAAGCGGAAAAGCGGCAUCUUUCUCGCACCUCUUUGACAUGUCGGCUUCACCGUUUACGCCAGUGUCCGCAUUGUCACUGCACCCGCGCGAGUACGAGGUGAUUGCGCUUCAUGGUCGGGCGACGGUCGACGUGGAGCGCAUAUUCCUCUUUCCUCCAAAUUCACUGGAAUUGCUAGGCCACACGAUGCUCCAAAAAAAUAUGCAGCUUUCGACGUGGGACGAGGUUCCUCUGGACGACGUAGAGAAGCUCCUCGAUUUCGCCACGAAACUCGACGUGGGCCUUACGAAUGCGCGGGCGCGAUGCCACGAGGGUCCCGACUCGUUGCCUGCUUUUAGUUUAACGCCAUACUCUGGCGAGAUGGAUCAUGGUGCAGCGCAUCGGCUGCGCCUGAUGGUGUUGCUCCGUGCUCUAUCCGAAGAGUACGCGAGAAGCAAAGAGGAAAUGUGGCGGCUUGGUGGUUUGAUCGUUGGCUGUCUCAGGGACACGCCGACAUGACGGUCUCUCGCCACUCACGGGCCCUGAAGUUGUGGCUUUUGAUGCUUAACCUUAACAUGUAUGCGUGCUUGAAUAUGGUGUUGUUUGUAGAAUUUCUAUUGCUUUCAUCAUCCACAGCGAUUUUAUCGUGUACUGAAUCAGGAGAACAAGAUGUUGGCUCGAGAAGCCGAAUGAGCAGAAGCGGCCUCCUGAUGUCUAAAAGUUCCUUUGCAUAAUGAGACCAAUAACACGCAUGACUUUCUGCAUAUUAAUCGUCG